UCGUUUGUGCUAGUCUUUCUCUAAGAGUGCGACAAUGUUCCGAUUCCUCGUGAUCGCUGCCUGCCUGGCCAUCAGUGUCCACGCCUACUCGGAUGGUGCUCCCAAGGCCGCCUGUCGGGACCUGACGCCACAGCACGGGGCUAAGCUGCAGACGGAGAAGCCCCCGUACAGAAUAGAUGGUCCCCCGCAUGUACAAGGCGGUCAGAAACUAGAGCUUACCCUCGGCGGUGAUGAGUUCCUUGGCUUCAUGAUCCAGGCCCGCGACGGACAGAACCGGGUGGUGGGCCAAUUUAAGGUGGUCGAUUCCGCCCAUUCCCAGACACUGGACUGCUCGGGCAAGGCAGACACGCUGACUCACCUGAAGGCCACCAAGGGCAGUCCACUGACUAGCGUCAAAUUCGAAUGGAUCCCACCAGCAGGCUACAAGGGCAACGUCAAGUUCAUGGCUACUGUGGUACAAACUAGUUUCGUCUACUGGGUGGGACGAGUCACCAAAGACGUUGACGUGGAGUAACUGCAGUAACUCAGUAUUUGUGAUAGAUAUUUCAUGAUUUGUUUGGAAAUCUAUAAUGGAGUUCACCGUUAAUGUUCCAAAUCAAUUUGGAACCAAGUAUUUUUUGGAAUAAAGUCAAAAUUUAAUGAA